GGCUUCUUCAGUCUACAAACGGUCGCCAAUUAGACAAGUGAGUUUCUGUCUUGAGUUUCGAGACGUACUCCUUGGGGUUUACAUUUUUUCUUGUUUUUGUUCGUUUGAACAAAAAUAUACAAUAUUUUUGUUUUAUCUGUUAAAAGUUGAAAAGAUCACAGAGCACACGCUAUCAACAAAUCCGUGGCUCUAUAUGGUAUCGCAUUUCAUGCGAGUUAAUUAGUUUCGAGGGGUGAAUACUGAAUAUAUACUUAGUUUUUGAGAUACUUUUCCGUUGUGCAUCAUCAUUUUGUAACCGUCUUACAUUAGUGAGAGGUUUUUUAAUAAAAGUUAAGUUCAUGAUUACAAUGAUGAAUAAACGGAAUUUCGUAACUAGCCUGCUCGUGAUAUUCAGUUUAAUUAUUUUAAUCGGUGCGUGUCCUCGAGCUCCUAGCCAUUUGCCACAUGGUAGGCGGACGCGAGGUGAUAAUGGUUAUAAUUUAAUUGUUGCCGACAGUCCCAAUGGAUAUGUACCUGGAAGGACGUAUAAUAUUGUACUGCUUGGUUCCCGAACACAUACCAAAGUUCAACAUUUCACUCACUUUACAAUCACAGCUGAGGCAUUAAGUGGUUCAAGACGUUCAUCCGUAGCAAGUCCUAGACGUGUCGGACGUUUCCAACUUUUUAGUGAUUCACUAACCAAAUUCAAUGAGAAAUGUGUUAAUACAAUUUCCGAAGCUGAUGAUCUACCAAAAACUGAAAUCCAAGUAAUGUGGGUAGCUCCUGAGGCUGGUUCAGGUUGUGUAUCCAUUUCAGCCAUGGUCUAUGAAGGCUCUCAUGCUUGGUUCUCCGAUGAUGGACGUCUAACACAAAAGAUGUGCGAAAAGAAAUCCGACAUCAAAACUGUUAAAAAGGAAUGUUGUGCAUGUGAUGAAGCUAAAUAUAGUUUUGUAUUCGAAGGAAUUUGGUCAAAUGAAACCCAUCCCAAAGACUAUCCAUUUGCUGUUUGGCUAACUCAUUUUUCUGACAUCGUUGGAGCUUCUCACGACUCGAAUUUCACAUUCUGGGGUGAAAAUCACAUUUCUACUGAUGGUUUUCGUUCAUUAGCAGAAUUCGGUUCACCAUCGGCUCUUGAAACUGAGCUCCGUAGCAAGGGUUCAAGAUUGAGAACACUCAUAAAAGCUGCAGGUUUAUGGUAUCCAAAUGUCAAUCAAAAUACUUCAUCAAACUUUAGGACCGAUCGGAAACAUCAUAAAGUCUCAUUGGUAUCUAUGUUUGGUCCAUCACCUGAUUGGGUUGUUGGUAUCAGUGGUUUCGAUCUCUGCACUGAAGAUUGUUCAUGGAAGGAGUCCAUGGAUUUCGACUUGUAUCCAUGGGAUGCUGGUACCGAUAGUGGUAUAACCUAUAUGUCUCCAAAUGUUGAAACAAUUCCUAGAAAAAGAAUGCACAAGAUUACAACUAUGUAUCCUGAAGAUCCUAGAGCACCUUUUUAUAAUCCCAACUCGAAGACAAUGACUCCUUUGGCUAAAUUAUAUAUCAGAAGAGAAAAGAUUAUUUCAAGAAAUUGUGACGAUGACUUUUUGCAAGCUUUACAAUUGGAUGUUUCUGAUGAUUCUGAAGAUCAGGAUACAAGAACUGAAUGCAAAGUAACUGAUUACUCCACUUGGAGUCCGUGUUCAGUAACUUGUGGAAAAGGAAUAAGAAUGAGGACCAGGGAAUACCUUAAUCCUGACAAAGCUAAGAUGGUGAAAUGCAGUCGUCAGUUGGUUUCAAAAGAAAUGUGUGCAGCUGCUAUUCCUGAAUGUGGUGCUCCAGCUGAAGAAGACGACGAAGGUGAGAAUCUAGCCAAGAGCCAGAUAUCAGCUGGUGAUGAUGGAGAAGGUGCUGGAGUCUGUAAAACAACUCCAUGGGCAGAUUGGUCAGAAUGUUCAGCAAGUUGUGGAAUUGGAAUUACAAUGCGUACCAGGACCUUUAUCAAUCAUUUGGGGCGAAAACGUUGUCCACAUGUUACCAUUGUUGAAAAGCAAAAAUGCAUGAAACCCGAUUGUACUUUUGAACAAGUCGAGUUGCCUGAUCCACUUUGUCCAACCACGCAAUGGAGUGAUUGGAGUCCUUGCACAGCGACAUGUGGUCGUGGAGUGACCAUUCGUACACGAUUAGUGUUGGUUGAAGAAGAUAUGAUGUCUAAUUGUACCGCUCGCAUGGAAUUGAACCAACAGAAGGAGUGUUCAGUGCGUGCGGAUUGUACUUUUAGCUAUGACUUGGCGAAAGAAAUCUGCCGUGAGAAGUCAGAUGCAGGUCCAUGCCGUGGAGCCUAUACCCGUUAUGCUUACAGUCCUGAAAUGGGUCGUUGUGAGUCCUUUACUUAUGGUGGCUGCCGUGGUAAUCGCAAUAAUUUCCUUAGCGAACAGGAUUGUAUGACUACUUGUAAAAUGCUGAGAUCAUCUCAGCCAGAAACCUUCCGCCCGUCCACAGAAGUAGCAAUAGUUUAUACUAAACAGGUCCUUCAAAAACCACCAGCAAAUCUUGAUUUACCCGAAGGAUGUGUCAUGUCAGAAUGGUCUAAUUGGUCUGAAUGUAAUGUUCGUUGUGGACUUGGUUAUUCGGAGCGUUCUCGUUAUGUUAUAAGUGAACCAAAGAAUGGUGGACAACCAUGUCCAAAGAGAACUGUUAAACGUCGUAGAUGUACUAUGUCAGAUUGUUAGAAAAAAACAUAAUUUUAAAGAAAGUUUUUAAAAGAUCUUUUUUGAUUUUGAUUAAAAUUACGGUUUUUAAAAAUUA